AGACGGACCGGAAGUGGGUCCGCCGAGUUUUCUGCUCGCGGCGCGUAGGGAAACGGUGGCUCUCUCUGCCGCGGUCCUUGGGUGCGGCUCCAGCCCGGCGCCGACGGGUUCCGAGACGGCGGGCGGCGGCGUCCCUGAGCCGGACGCUCAUUGUGAAGAUGAGGGGGAGCUCUGCAGAUGAAGAGACUGCUUGAGGACAGAGGCCUACUUUUGUACACAUGGUAUCGUUACUUUCCAAUAAUUGGAUCAGAAGAUGAAUCCACCUAAUCCUUUCAGUGGGCAGCAGCCUAGUGUUUUCCCAACAUCUCCCAGUAGUUCCAUAGGGACAUUUCAAGCCAAGCCAGCAUUUCAGUUUGGUCAGCCCUCUUUUUUUGGACAAAACAAUGCGUUAUCUGGGAAAAGCUCAGGAUUUUCACAGGUGUCCAGCUUUGCCGCAUCUUCUGGACAAAGUCAUUCUUCUUCAGCGCAGACAUUAGGAUUCUCCCAAACCUCAAAUGUUGGUCCCUUUUCUGGUCUGGAACACACUCCGGCCUUUGUAGCUACCUCUGGGCCUUCAAGUUCAUGUGUGCCUGGAAACCCAGGGUUUAGUUUUAAAUCACCCAACCUUGGGACAUUCCCAAGUACUUCUACUUUUGGACCAGAAACUGGAGAAAUGGCAAGCUCUGGUUUUGGGAAAACAGAGUUUAGCUUUAAACCUCUGGAAAAUUCAGUGUUUAGGCCAAUAUCAGGCACUGAAUCUGAGCCAGAGAAAACUCAGAGCCAAAUUACUUCUGGAUUUUUUACAUUUUCCCACCCAGUCAGUAGUGGACCUGGGGGACUGGCCCCAUUUUCAUUUCCUCAGAUGACAAGUACUUCAGCCACCAAUUCAAAUUUUACCUUUUCAAAGCCAGGUAAUAAUAAUUCAUCAUCUGCCUUUACCCCUGCUUUGUCCAAUCAAAGUGUAGAGGAAGAGAAGAGAGGCCCUAAAUCACUCUUGGGAAGUUGUAGUAGCAGCUUCGCUAGCUUCCCCUUAUCUGCAGGGUCUUUGGGUGACCCCUUCCCAGGUAGCAAAACAGGUGUCAGACAGGGGUGUGAAGAAGCUGUUUCCCAAAUGGAACCGCUUCCCAGCCUCAUCAAAGGGCUGAAAAGGAAGGAGGACCAGGAUCGGUCCCCGAGGCGACACGGCCAUGAUGCAGCAGAAGAUCUGGACCCUCUGUCGAGGGGCGAUCAUCCUCCAGAUAAACGGCCUGUCCGCCUGAAUCGACCCCGGGGGGGCACUUUGUUUGGCCGGACGAUACAGGAUGUCUUCAAAAGCAAUAAAGAAGCCAGUCGACUGGGCAACAAGGAAUCUAAAAAGGACAUCGGCUGCGCCGAGUCUGGGGAAAACGACCACGUGGCCAUCCCAGGAGGCAGUCAGUCUGUCCUGGUACCUUCCCGGCUUCCAGGUGUGAAUAAAGAGGAAGAAGCUGAAAGUAGAGAUAAAAAGGAAGAUUCUCUAAGAGGGACUCCUGGCCGUCAGAGUAAGAGAAGUGAGAGCACAGAGGGUUUGGGGGGCUUGUCUCCCACUGAACUCACAGCAAUUCAGUGCAAGAACAUCCCUGACUAUCUCAAUGACAGGACCAGCCUGGAGAAACACUUUGGCAAAAUUGCCAAAGUGCAGCGCAUCUAUACCAGGCGCAACAAGAAGCUUGCCGUGGUGUAUUUUUUUGAUCAUGCCUCCGCAGCCCUGGCCCGGAAGAAGGGGAAGGGUCUGCACAAAGACAUGACCAUCUUCUGGCACAGGAAAAAAAUAAGUCCCAACAAGAAACCCUUUUCCCUCAAGGAGAAGAAGCCGGGGGAUGGCGAAGCUGGCCAGGGCGCCGAGGAGCCCCCCUUUCAGCACUCCCCCCUCGGCAAGCCCGUGGGGAGGGCUGUGGCCGGCAGCCUCCUGAGUAAAAGCUCCCCUGCGAAGAAGCCCAGUCUCCUGAAGGCCCAUCAGUUCGAGGGAGACCCUUUCGACUCGGGCUCCGAGGGCUCCGAGGGCUCCGAGGGUCUCGGGCCUUGUGUGCUGUCCCUCGGCGCCCUGAUGGGGACUGUGGCGGAGACGUCUGAGGACAAGUACCGCCUGCUGGACCAGAGGGACAGAGUCAUGCGACAAGCUCGGGUGAAAAGAACCGACCUGGACAAAGCAAGGACCUUCGUCGGGACGUGCCCGGAUAUGUGUCCCGAGAAGGAGCGGUACAUGCGGGAGACUCGGAGCCAGCUGAGCAUCUUUGAAGUGGUCCCGGGGACCGACCAGGUGGACCACGCGGCGGCCGUGAAGGAGUACAGCCGCUCCUCAGCCGACCAGGAGGAGCCCCUGCCGCACGAGCUGCGGCCCUCCGCAGUGCUCAGCAGGACCAUGGACUACCUGGUGACCCAGAUCAUGGACCAGAAGGAGGGCAGCCUGAGGGACUGGUACGACUUCUUGUGGAACCGCACGCGGGGCAUACGGAAGGACAUCACGCAGCAGCACCUGUGUGACCCGGUGACCGUGUCGCUGAUCGAGAAGUGCACGCGCUUUCACAUCCACUGUGCUCACUUCAUGUGCGAGGAGCCCAUGUCCUCCUUCGACGCCAACAUCAACAGCGAGAACAUGACCAGGUGCCUCCAGAGUCUGAAGGAGAUGUACCAGGACCUGCGGGUCAAGGGCGUGUUCUGCGCUGGCGAGGCCGAGUUCCAGGGCUACAACGUGCUGCUCCAUCUCAACAAGGGCGACAUCCUAAGAGAAGUGCAGCAGCUCCACCCUGCCGUUCGAAACUCCGCGGAGGUGAAGUUUGCUGUUCAGGCUUUUGCUGCAUUGAACAGUAAUAAUUUUGUGCGGUUUUUCAAACUGGUCCAGUCAGCUUCUUACCUGAACGCUUGUCUCUUACACCGUUACUUUAAUCAGAUCCGCAGGGAUGCGCUGCGUGCGCUCAACGUGGCGUACACCGUGAGCCCGCAGCGGUCCACCGUCUUCCCCCUGGACAGCGUGGUGCGCAUGCUGCUCUUCCAGGACUGCGAGGAGGCCACCGACGUCCUCAGCUGCCACGGCCUCACUGCUUCGGACGGCUGUGUGGAGCUGAACCGGUCCUCGUUCCUGGAGCCAGAGGGCUCCCCCAAGGCCCGGAAGUCGGUGUUUAUCACCAGGAAGCUGACCGUGUCGGUCGGGGAGGUUGUGAAUGGGGGGCCGUUGCCGCCCGUCCCUCGUCACACCCCCGUGUGCAGCUUCAACUCCCAGAACAAGUACGUCGGGGACAGCCUGGCGGCAGAGCUGCCCGCAGGCACGCAGAGACCCGGCGUGGACGCAGCGGGUGCGGCGAGAGGCGAGCAGAGCGCCGGCGCAGAGACCGCCCCGCCCCUCGAGGCCCCGCCCCUCACGACCCCGCCCCUCGAGGCCCCGCCCCCGCAGCCUCCCGCCCCCGCGGGCGCCGCUGCGGCCUCGCUGUCCCAGCUCCAGGCUCUGACCCCCAGCGCGGUGCCCAGCCUGCUCCCGUCGCCCGUGCCGCCGGAGCUCCUGCCCCCGAAGCCGGCGCCUGUGUACUCGGACGCGGACCUGGCCCAGGUCGUGGACGAGCUCAUCCAGGAGGUGCUUCAGAGCGACUGCGAGGAGGUGGGCGCUGCCGGGGCCGCCUUCGCAGCCACAGCCCUGGGGGUUUCCCGUGCUGCUGUGGAGGAGCUGGUAGCAGCCACGACGACGGGCAUUCUGAGGCGCAUCGCGGCCGAAGAAGUGACCGAGGAGCGGGCGCGGAGGGAGGAGGCGCGGCGGCGGGCCGAGGAGGAGCGGCUGAAACAAGAGAGGGAACUGGUGCUGACGCAGCUGAGCCAGGGCCUGGCGGCCGAGCUGACAGAGCUCGUGGUGACAGAAUGUGUGCGGGACACCUGCUCCCGGGAGUUGCAGAGUGCGGUGGAGACAGACCAGAGGGUCCGCCUGACCCGUUGCUGUGAGGACGUCUGUGCUCACCUGGUGGACUUGUUUCUUGGGGAGGAAAUUUUCCAGACUGCAAAAGAGACCCUCCAGGAGCUUCAGCGCUUUUGCAAGUACCUCCAGCGGUGGAGGGAAGCUGUAGCAGCGCGGAAGAAACUCCGGCGCCAGAUGCGGGCUUUCCCUGCGGCCCCCUGUUGUGUGGACGUGACCGACCGGCUGAGGGCGCUGGCACCCAGCGCAGAGUGCCCCAUUGCUGCGGAGAACCUGGCCAAGGGCCUCCUGGACCUGGGCCAUGCCGGGAGAGUGGGCAUCUCCUGCACCAGGUUGCGGCGGCUCAGGAACAGGACCGUGCACCAGAUGAAGGUCCAGCACUUCCACCAGCAGCUGCUGAGUGACGCAGCGUGGGCGCCCUUGGACCUGCCGUCCCUUGUGGCCGAGGACCUCCCUGGGAGGCGGGAGCGCGUGUUUUGGAAGCUGGUGCUGGUGUUGCCUGACGGAGAAGAGCGGUCCCCAGGGAGUCCCGGCAGAAUUCUAGCAAAUUGGUUAAAAGUCAAGUUCAUGGGAGACGAUGCCUUAUCGGAUGAGGUUGAUGGGAUUCAGACUCUCGCGCUGUUUAACACGCUCAGCAGCAAAGAGAAUCAGACAGUUUCUAUCAGUGUGUGCGUAAAGGUGGCUCACGGUGCUCUUAGCGACGGUGCCCUCGAUGCCGCAGAGACACAGAAGGAGCUCCUGGGAGCCAGUGGGCUCAUGCUGCUGCUUCCCCCCAAAGUGAGGAGCGAGGACGCGGUGGAGGAGGACGUGUACUGGUUGGCGGCGCUGCUGCAGAUCAAGCAGCUCCUGCAGGCCAAGCCCUUCCGGCCCGCGCUUCCGCUGGUGGUUCUGGUGCCCAGUCCAGGCGGGGAUGCUGAGGAGAAGGAAGUGGAAGACGGUCUGAUGCUGCAGGAUUUGGUCUCAGCCAAGCUGCUCUCAGACUACACUGUCGUUGAGAUCCCCGAUUCCGUUAAUGAUCUGCAAGGCACCACCAAGGUUGCACAGGCUGUGCGGUGGCUGGUCUCCCGCUGCCCCCGUGCCCUUGACCUUUGCUCCCAGACCCUCCUUCAGUACGUGGAGGAUGGGGUUAGCCGGGAGUUCAGCAGCCGGUUUUUCCAUGACAGAAGCGAGAGGCGGCGGGGUGGCCUGGCCUCGCAGGAGCCUAGCGCUGUCAUUGAGCUGUUCAACAGCGUGCUGCACUUCCUGGCAUCCGUGGUGUCCUCUGAGCAGCUCUGUGACCUGUCCUGGCCUGUCACCGAGUUUGCCGAGGCAGGGGGCAGCCGACUGCUUCCUCACCUUCACUGGAACGCCCCGGAGCACCUGGCCUGGCUGAAGCAGGCUAUCCUCGGCUUCCAGCUUCCGCAGAUGGACCUCCCGCCUCCGGAGGCGCCCUGGCUCCCGGUGUGCUCCAUGGUCGUCCAGUACGCCUCCCAGAUCCCCAGCUCUCGCCACACGCGGCCCGUUCUGCAGUCCCAGGUGGAGAGCCUGCUCCGCAGCACGUACCGCAGGUGGAAGAGCAGGAGCCUCUCCCCGGGCCAGGGCUCGGGGCCCUCCGUUGCCGAGAUCCCGUGGGACGACGUCAUCGCCCUGUGCAUCAACCACAAGCUGAGGGACUGGACACCGCCCAGGCUUCCCGUCACGCCAGAGGCGCUGAGUGAAGAUGGCCAGAUAUGUGUGUAUUUUUUUAAAAAUCAUUUGAAAAAAUACGACAUUCCUUUGUCGUGGGAACAAGCCAGAAUGCAGACGCAGAAGGAGCUACAGUUGAGUCAGGGCCGUUUGGGGAUAAGGUCUCUGCAUCCUUCUGCAAACGAGCUUCCCACUGCGGUACUUCACGUGCACGGCAGAGGGAGGAGGAGUGCGGAGCGCGGCCGAGAGGGACGGCUUCCCAGCUCGGAGGAUCUGACGCGCGGAGCCUCUGCCCAGGAGCUCCUGGUCCAGUGUCUGUCUAGCAGGCUGCUGCUGGAGAAAGAGGAGAGCACGAGGUUCGAAGCUCAGCUUCAGCAGUGGGUGUCGGAAGACUCGGGAGCAUUUGCACGGUCAGCUUCCCUUCCCCUCUGUCUUCCUCAGACUCCGGUGUCUCUGCCUCCGACUCUCCCUGGGAUAAAGACGUCUAUGCCUGGUAGCCCUCAGCGUGAGAGGACAGGGGAGCAACUGCAUGUGUCAGAGGCAAGAGGCACAUCUCUGACGGAACAGCUGAAGCACCUAGAGAGGCUGAUCCGGAGCUCAAGGGAAGAGGAGGUCGCCUCUGAGCUUCAGCUCUCUGCGCUGCUGGACAUGGUGGACAUUUGAGCAGCUGGACCUGAGAGAGGGAGGGUCUCCCUGGAAGAUUUCCUUUUACUCAAAAUAAUGUUAUUUUCAGAUGCUUGAUGCAUGUUGGAAAUUGAUUAUUAAUCAUGCAAGUAAACCACUGGAAUAUCUAA